UUCGUCUUGCUGUCAACAAAGUGAACAAAGCCGUCAGUGUCUGGUCUUUCGAUAGAAAAAUCUCAAGUGUAACAUAACAAUAAAUAAAAUAAUAAGAGACAGGAUGUCAAGAUACGGCGAGCAGGAUAACAUGUGGGCGCAACCCCCCCAAGGGCAGUACAACUUUGAACCCUCGGGAUUCGGGCAACCUAACCAACAAUUCGAAUUCCAAAGCUACAGUAAUGAUCAGCCAGCGGACUACUCAUACUCCCAACCUUAUCUGGACCCGAACCAGACCUCCUACGCCGGGGACAUGAUGUACCCGACCACGGACUAUGGCAAAGCUCCAGGAUUUAGCGAAGAGGAAGAUGAGCCGCCACUGUUAGAGGAGCUGGGGAUCGACCCCGACCGCAUAAUGCAGAAAACUCUGGCAGUACUGAACCCAUUUCACCGCAGAGGUCAGACAGAUGACGCAAAUUAUCUGCUCCAGGACUCAGAUCUCGCGGGACCAGUCGCUUUCUGUCUAGUCCUCGCAGCUUUUUUGCUCCUGGCGGGAUCUAAAGCCCACUUCGGGUACGUUUACGGCCUGGCAUCGACUUCUUGUCUGCUUAUGUAUCUGCUCCAGUAUCUGAUGAGCAGCACCGGGAACGUCACGCUCUCCUCAGUGGCCUCCGUCCUCGGGUACUGUCUGCUCCCAGUGGUCGCUCUUGCCGGACUCAGCAUUUUCACAACCCUCCGAGGUCCUCUGGGUCUGGUUCUCGCGGGUCUCGCCGUCGCCUGGGCGACUCUCUCAGCCUCAAGACUCUUCUCCGCGAUGUCCGGGGAGGAAAAGCAGCGUCUGCUCAUAGCCUACCCCUGUCUUUUGCUCUACGGAGUGUUUACUUUAAUCGUUAUUUUUUAAAUUUUCAAUUGUACUAAAUUAUUUAUCAAUAAAUAAAUGAAUAAAAUUAUAA